AUGGCAGUUCAAGGGGUCGAGCAGACCAUCCUUCGGGAUCCGGCUCUGUUCUACUGGAUUCUUUUCCCGAUUUCGGUUGUCAUGAUCCUGACAGGAAUCCUGCGCCAUUACGCCACGGUCCUGAUGAAUUCCCCCCCCAAAUCCGCCUCGACUCUCGCUGAGUCGCGCGAACGGCUUGCCCUCCUCCGUGUCGUCAAUCUCCGCAACCAUGCCUCGGCCGUGCUCAACCGCGAGUCCUUCGAGAUGCGUAAGAACUACAUGGUGUCGGGCUGCCGGAACGGCGCAUUUUUGAAGGACCCUAACAAGCGCGGCCAGCCGCCGGCGAAUCCCAUGACGGAUCCCGCGGGCAUGGAGGCGAUGACGGGGAUGCUGAAGGGGAAUAUGAUGAUGAUGAUCCCGCAGACCUUGAUCAUGAGCUGGAUCAAUGCCUUCUUUUCUGGCUUUGUGAUUCUGAAAUUGCCUUUCCCUCUCACUAUCCGCUUCAAGUCCAUGCUGCAGUCCGGUGUCAUGACCCGUGACCUCGAUGUCAGAUGGGUGUCGAGUCUGUCGUGGUAUUUCCUGAACUUGUUUGGGCUGCAGUCUGUUUUCGGUUUUAUUCUCGGUAGUGACAACGCUGCCAACCAAAUGGCUCAGCAGAUGGGUAUGGCCAACCCGGCUGCCAUGGCGAACCCGCUGCAGCCUGGUCAGGACCCCGACAAGCUGUACCAGAACGAAGCAGAGAACUUGGAGGUCAUGGAGCACUUCUGCAUACUGGACGGAGUGGAAGAUAGAAUCCUGCGGAACUUUGCUCCGCAAUCGAUUUGA